UAGUCAUAGAAGAAAGACCCCUAAUUUCAUUGCAGCGUGUGUGUUUGGUGAACACUUAUUUACCUCUCAGUCGGAUAAUUGUUUUUGAAGAAGUGCUGAUCUCUGUAGGCAAAAACAAACGCGAAAUAACAUCUGAUAAUGUAACAGAACAAUCACGUGCCGGACCUUGCAUUGCAAACCCAUGUUACAAAUUAGAGAUGCACUUUGGAAAGUGGCAAAAGAACGUAUCUCGGUGAAUGAGUUGGCAUCUAGAAUACUUUUGCGUAAACAUAUAGUAAUGUCAAAAACAAUGGCGUCGACAGAAGUUAAAGGGGAGUCAGAAGAAAAUAAACCCAACACCACGACAGCCACUUCUGUCACGGACGUCAACGAGUUCAGAGAGACUGCUAAACGUAAGAGCGAAGAGGAGGAUUACUCAGAGAAAAGUAAACGUGGAAAGAAACACCGAGGAGGGGUUGGAAAGAAACAACUUCGUCCAGGAGAAAGAUAUAUUCCUCCCCCUCAAAAACGCAAUCCCGGAGUGAGCUUUAGCAAAGAGCAUUUUGAUGAAACAACUUACUACUUUGAAGGAGGUCUACGCAAAGUGCAUCCGUACUACUUCGACUUCAAAACGUAUUGCAAAGGACGCUGGAUUGGGAAAAGUCUUCUCGAGGUUUUUCGCAGUGAAUUCCGAGCUGAGCCUUUGGAAUACUAUAUUAGGGCCUCAAAGCUAGGACGGAUCCGACUCAAUGAGACUCCAGUGGAUGAUCUCUCCGUAACGCUCAGGAACAAUGACUUCCUACGGAACACAGUGCAUCGUCACGAGCCACCUGUUGUUGGACGUCCCCUGGAGAUAUUGGAAGAUAACGGGGAGGUGUUGGUAGUUGACAAGCCAGCCUCGAUGCCGGUCCAUCCCUGUGGGCGCUUUCGUCACAACACGGUCAUCUUCAUCCUGGGAAAGGAGCGAGGUAUAUGUGGUCUUCACACUGUGCAUCGUCUCGACCGCCUCACCUCUGGUGUUCUGCUCUUUGCCCGCACUCUGGAAGUGUCCCAGAAACUGGACGUGUUGGUGCGAGACAGACAGCUGGAGAAGGAGUACGUCUGUCGAGUGAAGGGGGAGUUCCCAGAGAGUGAGAUCACCUGUGUGGAGCCCAUCCUGGUGGUGUCCUUCAAGGUCGGGCUGUGCCGGGUGCACCCAAAGGGCAAGGAAUGCCGUACGGUCUUCAAAAGACUCAGCUGGAACGGCCAUUCCAGUGUGGUGCGCUGCCGCCCUGUCACCGGCCGCACCCACCAAAUACGCGUCCACCUCCAGUUCCUGGGCCACCCUAUCGUCAACGACCCCAUCUAUGGCUCCUCCGCUUGGGGUCCUGAAAUGGCGAAGGGAGGCCUGGUGGGCAUGAGCGACGAGGAGCUUCUCAAAGCAAUUCUGGAGGAGCAUCGUUCCAAAGAGAGUCUUCAUCUCCUGGACGUCCCAGACGAGGUAGCGGUGAGCGACGCGCUGUCCGACGCUUGCGGUAUGGGUGCGCGGACUCCAAGACCAGAACCGUCGUCGGAGGUUUGCAAUUCUGUGUCGAGCGACUGUGACGGGAAUGACAUAGACCAAAGCGCGAAUCGGGUCGCUGUCAGUCCAGCCUCGUCUGAGGCAGUACCUGGACAAACUGAAGGAAGUGGGGAUAAAUCUUGUAACUCAGCUGCUACAAAUGCGAAAGACCCUCUGUGCAGUGAGUGUAAGAUUGUCCGUCCGGACCCCACUGAGAAGGAGCUCAUCAUGUACCUUCAUGCCUUGCGCUAUAAAGGACCAGACUUUGAAUAUACAACUCGCCUACCUGACUGGGCCAAGGAUGACUGGGUUGAGGACUAGGCUACUCAAGUGUUACUGUACACACUAAGUGCCAAUAGUUCACUGUAGAACUGUUUCAUGCAGUGACCACUGGAUGCAGUGUUCACAGUUGAUGUUUCAUUGAGUUGAACGUUUUACUUUGCACACUGAAACGUGAAAAAGUGUCGCUGUUCAUUUUAUGGCUCACAGUUCUGUUGUUAAUGUGAGAAAACAAUUACACCAUUCAUUUCCCUCUGACUUAGAGAGAUUUAUUGGACCAUACUGCUUUCAAUUGGAUUGUCAGUUUUUAUUUAAACAGCCAAGGAGAUUUGUUUCCUAGGGUUUUUGAACAGUGUCUAUAACAGAAGAUACAUUACAUUUUAAUAAAAAAUGUUUGA